AUGGCGACGGCGUCUAAGUUAGUGCUGUCUGAGGAGAAGAUCUGGGAGAAGAGCGGCUUCGGCCAUCGCGAUAUGGGUAUACUUCAGUCACUAUCUAUCCCUGGAACUUACCAAGAAAAGAUUACUCAUCUAGGAAAUUCUUUGAGGAAUUUAACUUCUUUAAAGUGUCUAGAUCUCUCACGCAAUUCAUUGGUUUGUCUAGAGGGUAUUGAAUACUUAACAUUAUUAGAAAAUCUCAAUCUCUACUACAAUAAUAUUUCCUCGCUAACAGAAGUAUUUCGGCUUCAUCAGUUAACUGAACUAAAAGAUGUGGAUUUGCGACUGAAUCCUGUAGCUAAGAAUGAGCCUGAUUAUCGUCUUUUUCUUGUGUAUAUAAUUCCAAGACUUAGACAGUUAGAUAAUCGUUUAGUGAGAGAGAGUGAACGAAAAGCAUCUCUUUCACAUUUUUCUAUGGAAGAAACAUUUGAAUCAAAACAGAUUUCUUCAAAUUCUUUGAAAAACAAAGCAGAAAGAGAUCGACAUUGCAGAACAAAGUACAUUGACUCCCUAACAAAGAAGUGUUCAGUCAUGGAUGCAGAAGACGAAGCUGUUCUAAAUCUAAUUGCUAAAUGUGAAUUGGAUUUAAGUAAGCCUCCUGGGAUUACAAGUGCUAGUAAAAAAGACUGUGCUGUACCUGAAUUUCAUAAUUUGCAAGGUUCUAGACAUCUUCCAAGUCCUAAAUCAUUGCCAAAUAUCUCUGAAGAUAACUUAAGGGGCUACAAUAGAAAAAAAAGCAGCAGCAAAGUGAGUUUUCUGGAUGAUAAACUUCAUGAACAUUCCAAAUUGAAAUGUCAAGAUGAAAUAGAAGGUCAGAAUAAACAUAUGUCUCUUAGUCUUUGUGACCUCCAACCCUCAGAGUCUACAGGAAUAGAGGGACCAUUCAAUAAUCCUGAACAGAAGAAAGUUACAUCAGCUCAAAAAAUGCUAAUAUCUUUAGCUACCUCUGGAAUAAUAUAUAAAAGAAAAGUGCUUAAUAGAAGAUUACAAUCAAUUCAGGAAGAGAGUUGUCAGGACCUUUUGGAAAGAAAUAAUAGAUUACCCAGUGCUGAUGAAAGUAUUUUCAACCAAGAAAUGGAAAGAAAAAUGGAAUUGGAAAGAAAAAAUGACAGAAGCUUUUCUAACUUUGAUAUAUCUGAACCUGAUAGAUCUGAACAGCCAAGGACUAAAAAUAUAAAUGCAUCUGUCAAAGAGGUGUCAGAAUCUCAUUCAACAACUCAGACAAUGAGUAAGGAUAUGUUUGAAAUAGCACUCUUGGACACUCUUUUGGAUUUAGUGGAUAAAUAUUGGAAUGGUUGCAAAUCUCUACAAUCCAAUGAGAAGUUUAUUUGUCAGGCGAGACAUGUUUUGUCUUCUGUGCAAACAUCUGCAUCUAAUCAGGAAAAUUCAUCAAUCAUGAGUGAAAAAAUUAAUCAUUUGAUUUUAGAAAACAAAGCCUUACAAAAUCUUGCUGAACAGGAACAGCAGUACAAUAUAAGGAUUAGUGGACUGAUGUUGGAAUUAAACAACACACUUAAGGAGAUGGAUACCUUGAAACAACAGUUAAGCAAGUCACUGGAAGAAAACAACAGUUUAAAAUCACGUUUGUUAAAUGUGGAACAAGGUGCCAAACAGGAAGAUUCUUCAGCUCUAUUAACUAUGCAGAUUAAUGAACUUCAAAACAGUAAUCAGGAGUUGUCCAGUGAAAUUGAUAACUUAAAAGAACAUCUUGAACACUAUGCCAAGAUUCAGGAACUGACAGAUAUGCUUCAGGAAAGUCACAGUUCUUUGAUUUCUACUAAUGAACAUCUUUUGCAAGAACUCACUCAGACCCGAAUUCGACACAAGGCUGAAGUUGAGCAGUUACACUGGAGUUAUAAUGAGUUAAAAAAGACAAUGUCUCAAUUUCCUCUUAGCAACUCUGACCUUAGCAGUAGUUAA